AUGUUUGAUUCAAAUAACAUUUCAUUUUACUUUUUUUCAGGGCCUGGUAUAAAGGGCACCAUGGCCAUCCUGAACUGUCUCCUCGCCCGACAACUGUGCUUCGAAGAUGCCUCCUGCUCCGCCAUCUUGGAAAUUAUACCCCGCGUCUGUGGAUCUGAACUUGUGGCCUGCUCGACGGUGACUGUGACCAAAUGUCAAGCUGCCCUGAAGACCCUGCAAGCGUUCCCGUUCUUCAAGCCGACCUGCCUCUGUCGUGAGCCAAACGUCGAUCCAGAAUGCAACUCCUUCCGCGACUUCCUCUUUGAUCAUCCCUGCGUAUUUGUCAUGAAGAAAGAGAAGGAUCCAUACCCAGUGGAAACCCUGCCGACCUGCAACUAUGCGCUCAGUGUAUGCCACAAUGAAAAGGCGUGUUCCGUGCUGUUCGAUCGAUUCAAGAACGCUUGCAAGACCCGAGAUGGUGAAUGUCGUAUGGAUGACAGAGAGGCCUGUCGUGAGGCCUGGUCUGGCUUACGCUUGUCUCCGCUCUUCGGCUGCAUCUGCCCAAACACUCACAUGAAGAAACGCUGCGACCGGAUCUUCGCUAUUGUGAACCACAACCCGUGCGUUGUAAAGCUGAUGUCGGACGGACGGACCGCGAAUCGUACGGGAUCUGGUGUGACGUCAUGGAUCGGCGGUAUGUCCAUAACACAUGACGGAAACCUGAUCGCACCGGACAAAUUAUUGACGCACGUGCAUCGUUACGCAAGCCCUCACUACAAGCCCCACGGGCAUCAUUAUCAUCGCUGGAACCAUGAGCCCGGGGGGAGCGAAGACCCUCUCUACGCCACCAAGACAGUCUUCGGAGAUGGAUACAUUGAUGAAACCCAGAGGAUUGGAAAAGAGAACGGUAAAGCAGGUGAUGAGAAGGUGGCGCUCCAGUCCACCUGUCACGUGGCUCUGGACUCUUGCAUCAAGGACGCUGAAUGCAUGACGUCAUUGACUCCCGUGCUGCAGAAGUGUCAUGCUGUGGAGUGCGAUAGGGAAGGUUGUAUGGCUGCUUUGAGGGGCUUCUAUAGAAAACCUGGAGUGGAGUGGAACACCGAAAUCGCUUUUUGUCUAUGCAAGAAAACCGAUAACCGAGAAGAUUCAUGCAUGAACGCCCAAGAACGUCUUCAUCCUAUGUGCGCUCAGAGACCGGAAGUGGGCACCCCGCUACCAGCCUGCCACACCCUCGCACAUGCAUGCCGCGAAGAACCAGAAUGCAGGAUUCGACUAGAGAACUACGAGCAGUGGUGCGCAGUGGAUGCCGUAACACAAGGGUGCGCGGGAUCGCCAGCAGCUUGCAGGGCAGCGGUGGUAGCCGUGCUCGGCACUCAGCUCCGAGCAGCUUGUGCCUGCCGCGGCACUGACUUCGCUCAGCUAUACGACUGUCUCGGCUGGCAGCGACUGUUGUGGCUUAAUCCUUGUGUUGUGGAAUCUCAAAGCGAUUACCACGUCAAAACCUAUGGAUCCUUGCUCACUACCACACAAAUCGACAAUGGCAUCAGCUACAUGACCGUUCCACCGGAGCCCUCGAUAUACCAUCAGACUACCAUCCAUCAGCACCGUCACACCACGCACCAUGGUACACCCCGUGCUGAUAAUAUGCAGGUGAACCGAGAGCCACUGGGUCCAAAAACAACUAUGUCCGAACAAACAGUCGGCCCGAGUGAGGUAGAACAAAUCUCCGAGCCGGUGCUAGAGACCACGCCGGACACGACCACGUCGACUACCACCACCACUACUACCACCACCACGACCACCACAACGACCACGACCACGACUACAACGACCCCCCGACCCACGACCACAUUAGAACCCACUAAGUACUGCGUGGUGAAGAAACCGGAAAGCGAUGAUCAGGCGCAGUAUAUUAAAAUGGGAGAGACUAGACGGUUGUACCGUUCAGCAGAACUGGCCGAGUGCACAGAUCUUUGUGUGUGCGAAUCGUCCCUGCAGGUGUCCUGCAAGGUAGCAUGUGUACCACGCGCCCCGUGCUCGUCCCGCCUCGCUCACUACUCACACGCCGCACCCGCCUAUCAGGCGUACAGAGGGCGCUGCUAUUGUUAUUCUGGAUCUUUCAUCUGUAUGAGACCAAAUCCAGGAGAAUACAAGCUUCCUGAAGGCGUCUACCUCUUGCUCGGGUUUAGCGCGGUCGACGAAGCCCUACUCCGGCCCCACACUGGCCUCGGUGCCGAAGAUGCCGUCCGUCUCUUGCAGCAGUAUCUUAAUGGGGUACAUAGUGAAGGAACAAAUUGUACAUUGACGUUAUUCAACAUCAGCAACGAGAAUGUCAUCAUAUCUGCCAGCGUGCCGCCUCGCGAGCAGGAGUUGCUUAGAGAUGCUGGAGAAGCACUCCUCGACAGAGAAAAGGAGGAGUGCAUCGAUGUUCUUAAAGUGAUCAAAACUCGCAUCAACUCGCAAAAUGAAGACAUAUCCUCGCAUCUACUAUUAUCUAUAUUCAAGAUCGCCGAGGUAGACGUUAUUUACCCUACCCCUCCCAGUUCCGCUUUCACCCCUCACCAUCCCAUACCAAUGUUUUACAUUAUCAUCAUUCUUGUCACACUCGUGUACAACUACGAACAUUUCUCUUUCCUCAAUCUUAUCAAUAUCGUCAAUUCUAUUUCGAAUUUAUUCAGCAACACCGCCGAAUCUAUUUCCUUACACAUUGUUGCUUUUGUUACUCAGAGAUAUAUUUUGAAGAACAUCAAUUUUGUAUCUAUUUACGAUGAAUUUAUAAAUAGUGUAGUGAAUAUUGUUAAUACGGACACUAGGCACUAUGCACUUGCUUUAGGUGAUGCACAAAUACCUACCACAAAUGAUAUUGAAGUAGUUGUAAGUAAAAUAGGUGUAAAUAAUCAUAAGGAAAUGAUACAUAUCGUAAAAGCUGUGAGUACUACAAUAUUUACUAAUUUUAAUGAACUUGUUGCCGGUGCAAUUAUACUUAAAUAUUUUUCUAGACAUGUGUAUUACGAAAUUGGAUGUACUAUAAUUAAUACGAUGCUUUUUGAUGAUUUCCGUUUUGAAAAUAUCGCGUCCUCUUCUUAUGGGAUUAUGGAAUCCACUAGCUUAGGACUGACUCUAGCAGUAGUAUAA